AUUCGCAUGAACUCACGCAAUUUCAUGCUUUCUUUUCUUUUCUUUUCGUUGCCGUUGGGUUGUUGUAUUAAGCAAAUUUCGAGGAUAUUAUUGAAAGUAAAUUUGAAAGGAGAGAAACAGGAAGUUGAGGUGCUUUAUUUUACAAAAUGAAAAAUUAUUGGCUAAGAAUCGCCUUUCAAAGCAAUUUGUCCCGUACAAAUAUAUACAGAAUGAAUCUCUUCAAUUACGUUUGCUCAAUCAUUGUGUAGCAAACGAAAACGAAUAGAAAUAUGACAAGUCAUAAUCCGGACGUGAUCGACAGCUUUCUACCAAGUGAAUCAGUAUUUCCGCGGCGCGUGCUGUAAUUCUGUUCCGAAAUAUUAAAUUAAAAAUAGUUCCUUCCCGAUAAACUGUAUAUCUAUCGUUACGAAAUUUAAACAACAGAUGAACAGAAUAUUCGGUGAAUUGUUGAACAAUCAAUUUUGUAUCAGUUGUACGACUUUCUCGUACGAAACUCACAAAAAUCGAUCGAUAUCGCUCGACUGCACGACAGUCUGUUAGAGAUUCGACGAGAGAAAUUGUACGUAAUUUCGUUCACGCAUGAAAUAUUCAAAAUUCGCCGGUCUUAUAUCAAUUGAAUUAGGGCAAAAGCGUUUAUGGAGAGAAAGUAUAAAUGACAUCGGGCACGGUGUAUGCCUGUUAGUCGUCACGAGCUGCACGCACGAUGCAUUACUCUCUACACAUAACAGUGGUGUUCGUCGGUCUAUGGAUUCUUCGGGGCGACGUGAACGCGGCGAAAAACGGACUUAGCGCCGAGGUGCUGACGUCUUUCGCCAGGAACAUCGCGUCGGUCUUGUCAGCCACCUUGCUGAACGAGUAUCAGGAUCCACCAUCGAACCAAUCAUCCACCAAUCUUCUCAACAGAAUCCAGGAAGCGCAAUUCCCCUUGGACAUCGACCACGCUCCACCAGAGAGUCCAGCCAACUCGUCGAACGCUUCUUUCAAUCGCUAUCCUCGCUACACGCGUGAAUCUUCGUCGAACGAGGGGAAGCAAGCAACGUUUCAAGACACUCUCGUAACGAACGUGCCUCAGUACUCCAAAUAUUACAAUUCGGAGGCGUACAAACCGUACGAGUUCGCCGUAAAUCGCGACUCGCGAAUUUCUUACGACCAACUAAACGUAGAGACACCAGAGAACGUGAACGAAGGUGGUGCUAAGGAGAAUUCUAUCGACGCGGACGUCAAGACAGCCGCUCUUCACUAUCGGUAUCAUCAAUCGCCUGGAUUCGGGUACAAGCCCGAACGUACGCACCAAUUGCCAAAUCCAAAUCACUAUCCCCUUCGACUCGAUCUUCAGUCGAAUUAUCAUCGUCUGUCGCCUCAAACACCUGUCGGUCCUCCGCAAUCAUCCUCGUCGGCCGAAACCGUCAACCCGAUCGACGAGAACGAGAACGCUCAGGUGGCCAGGAUAACUCGUAGGCCGUUUCACCUCAACUAUCACUCUCCCUUGAACGCGCCUUAUUACCCGUUUCAUCAUCAUGCGGGAUUCCAUCCUCACGACCGACCCGUCGAAGGUGAGAGCCAGAAUCCCGCUAACGGACAAGCAGGCGAGAGCAAUCCGUCCAAAUUGAUCGACGAUCAGAGUCAAGGCCAGACCGCGUUUGCGGGAUACGAUUACGGCCCUCGUUUUCACUACAGGCAUCCGUAUUACGAUGGUUUCUAUCCCGGGUUCCCUGGAUUCUAUCCUCGUCCCUUCAACGAGUCUUUUCGCAAUCACGGAAACGGGAAUCACGGUGAUCACAAUGGGACAAAUGGCGCGUUCGGUCCGUACGGUUACCACCAUGGACCAUUCUUUCACGGUCCAAAGUUUCACGGCCCUUAUGUUCCUUAUAAUUCGUAUUACCCGUAUUUCCACGGGCCGAGAAGACCGGAGAAUCAUGGACCACCGGAGAAUCAUGGGAAUUCUGAGCAAUUGGCGUCGCCGGAAAACGGGUAUGCCGAUGGUAAUUCUACUGGGAAUCAUCAUGGUGGAUAUCCGUAUUACGGUGGUUUCCCUUACUACGGCCCUUAUCACGGUUUUAAUUUCCAUCCGUAUCCUCUGGCGCCGUUUCACGGGCUACCUUAUCGUUUCGGUCAUGGUUUCCACAGUUUCCUGUUUCCAGGAUUCAAACCUGUUCCCUACUUGAAUUUCUAUCAUCAUUACCCGUUCGCACACUGGCACCCCUUCGGUGGAUAUUACCACCAUAAUAAUCGACCCAUGAUGGCGGAGAAACCUGGACAGACGGAGAAGAAUGGAAAUGAAAAUUCAGAGCCAGCACCAAACAGCGAGGCUGAAAUGUUGUCUGAGAGUAAACUGGAAGCGAUUCGGUCUUUAGCCUUGAGCGGAUACGAGAAACGUUUCAAUCCUGAGUUUGUUAGCAAAGAAAGAAAUGGUGAUCGAGUGUUCAACGAAUUAUCUUGAUUGUAAUUUAUGAUUAUUAUUAAACUGUAAGUUUCUAUGCAUUAUUUCUAUUUCUAUUUUCUAUGCAGACGUAUAAUUUUAUGGAUUUUAUGGAUCGAAGAAAUGGGAAUUGAAAAGAGAUUUGUUUUGUCCCUUGAAAAGUUGUUACGACGAUGCAUUCCUUUGCUUUGAAAAUUCGCAAAGAAAUGCGAUAAAAAUUUGCAGUCUGAUUAUUGUAGCGUGCUAAUAUCUAGGUAUCUAAUGUACUAUGUAUCGAUGAUUGAUUAAAGAAUUAAGGACAAU